GUCGAGCACGAGCCGAAUCGUCCGAUCCGAGUCAGUUGCAGUCGAGAGUCGAGUCACGACCGUCCCACCUACCCCGGCCAACGUGAACCGGUGCGGGACAAAAACAACAGGAAAGAACGAGAACGAAAGUGGUGGUGGGGGCAAACCAAGUCUUGGAAAUUACUUUCAAGCCAUUUUUAUCUUUUGGUUUCUCAAAUUCCCAAAAAGUUGAACGCAAAUCUCGCCACGCUCGAUGCAACAACCAUCUUUUCACAACGGGCCUUGUUGGAAAACUUGAAGAGGAUUACCUUUUUUUCUAUUACCUCGUGGUUUUUAGUGUGUUGUGAGUGAGUUUUUAAAUCAUCUACAACCGUCUAGAUACAAUCAACGUCAUCGGUUUUUAGUGUGUGUGGGUGAGUGACAGCAACAGCAGCCGAGCCCCAAACAACGGAAGAGCCACGCCGGAGUGCCUACCAUGCGCCAUGACGGCGAUCGAUGCGAGCGUUUCGGAACUGUCGUCAUCGCUGGUUGUCAGACGUCCACUGUCGAUGUUGCUCCCGCCUUCGCCUUCAUCCGAAUUCGCCCUGUUCGCCUCAUCGUCCAGUAGCGGCGGACCAAAUGUCGCCAACGCAUCACCCGGGACUGGAACGGCCAGCAGCGGGGUAGUCGUUUUACCUACCGAAUUGCUUUUAUCAUCGCCUUCAGGGCCGUCAACCGAAUCGUCGUCCCUUCAGCUGGUCGGAUGUUAUGGCGACAAUUCGACCAAUAAUUCAUCGGAUGACAGGAGGCAGUUGGUGACGAUUGGCGGUGUAGUAGGAGACAUUAGCCGGUGUAGUAGCACCGGGAGUAAUAACAAUUGGCUGGCCGAUUUGAGCGUUGAAGUAUGUAAAGUGGAAACAAUCGAAGAGGAUGGAAGUGACAACAGCGGCGGAGGUGGUGGGGGCGGUGGUGAAGGCGGAGGCGAUUGCGGUGGCGGCAGUGACGACUGGGACGAGUCCGUCUUUUUCGAAGCUGCAGCUGCCGCCGCCGCCAGUUGCUGCGCCACUGGACAGUCCAGUCAUCAUCUACACCAUCACAACCACCAUCACCACCAUCAGCACGACGUCACCAACAACCUGGACGUCCUCCUGGGCAACCCCAAUCUUCACCAUUCGAGCGGAGGUGCUGAUCUGCUGGAAUUGGAUGUCCAAAGCUGCUGUACAGUCGAUUUCCCAUUGUCGCCUAAACAGCUCCUACUGGGCGGCUCAUCCAACAGCCGGAGUAGUAGCAGCAGCAGCAGCAGUAGUAGUAGCAGCAGCAGUAGCAGUAGUAAUAGCAAUAGCAGCUGCUGCCCCGAAGACGGGCAACUUAUUGCCGGCGCCGGAUUGUUGUCGUCUCCUCCGUCGACGCCGUCGCCUUCAUCUUCGGGCGGUUCAACACGACAACUGCAGCAACAGCAGCAGCCGUUGCCGCAACCGCCGCAGCCCUGCUCAGUAAGUGACAAAAUGUGUAGUAAAGUGUUUACGAGCACGUCGGCCCUUGCCAAACACAAACUGACGCACAGCGACGAGCGAAGAUUUUCCUGUCAGUUGUGCGGCAAAGCUUUCAAACGCCAGGAUCAUUUGAAUGGACAUUUGAUAACUCACCGGGAAAAGAAGCCGUUUGAAUGCCGGGCUGAUGGAUGCGGUAAAUCGUAUUGCGACGCCCGGUCACUACGUCGCCAUCAGGAUAACCAUCACGCACUGCCCGGAAGUUUGGCCCUAGCCGGAACGACCCAGCAGCCGCCGUUGAGUCCGUCGCUGAAUGGACUGGGCUCUUCGUUGCCGUCGAGGUCGACAUCGUCGGCCUCCUCCAACGCCGGAUUGUUUAUCAGCGAAUUGAGCGGCGGAUCGCCGGAUCUCGUCCUGCCUUCUCAUUCCGUCGGCUCGUCGCAACAUUAUCCGGCGCCCAACAGCAACAGCAAUUCGACGACAUCCAACGGAGGCAGUGGCCAUUUCCAGUCGACUGAGAACGGCCAACAAUUCGGCGGAUGGGCCGUGACGACCACCAACGGCACCACCACCUCGUCAGGUGGUCACGAUUCUGUCGUUUCGCUGGAUUCGUGCAGCAUCCAGUACGGUGGUGCUUCCGGCACCACUAAUGGCGGCGGCGGCUACCAGUCAGUUUCUUCGUGCCCAUCUGAGAACCAAGAAGCUCACCAGCAGGUCACCUGGACUUCGGUGCCGGCAGAAAGCGUGUCGCCGUCGAAAGGCGGUGGCAAGAAGCCAGCGAAUUCCGCCGGAAUUAAAAUGGCCGACAGACAGAAUAAGGUCGAAUCAACUGGUAACAACAGCAACAAAAUUCCGUCUACCUCCACGCCAGCCACCGCUGCCGCUGCUGCCGUUGUCAAAGCGACGAAAAAAGCCAAAGGAUCCAGUCUCGGCAGCAAAGUCCAGCACGCCCAGAAUGGCAAGGUCGGCGGAGUGGCAAAGAAUAAUAAUGGCAAUUCCAAGAAAAUCGCGGCAGAUUCCAGCAUUGGCGCCAAUAAUGACGGCCUGACGACCCAGCAAUUGGAAUUGAUCCAGGAAAUUAUGCGACAGACCCAGGAGCAGCACAGGUUGAUGCAGGAAGAGCAGCAGCAGCAGCAGCAACACAUCCAGCAGCACAACAAGCCUGCCCAACCGUCGCAUCACUCUUCCGGAGGCCAGGCCACAACCAAAGCCAAAAAGGCCAACAACAAGGUUAAAUGGACGGCUCCUGCGGCGUCGACAACGACCGGCGAUCCGAAUCCAUCGACCGGUCAACCAUCGACGGCGACCUCAACGAAUUCCUCCGGCCCUGGAGCGGAUGGGACAGGAGCCAACGGAGGGGUUUCCGGCCGUCCGGUCGAAUGCAACGUGUGCCAGCGGCGUUUCAAAAACACGCCGGCCCUUAAUGGCCACAUGCGCCUGCACGGCGGUUUCCUCAAGAAAGAGGCCGAAUGCGGCGGAUCCAGCGGGUCGGGAAACGGAUCCGGCGGCGGGAGUGGCGGUGGCAACUCGGGCGGCGGAGGCGGAGGAAGCGGCGGAGGUGGAAGUAGCAAAAAGCCGGGCGAGAGUAAAAAAGAUCCCAACACGCCGCCGCUAUUGACGGCUUCCGUCUCGGUGCGGGCCCUCAUUGAAGAGAAAAUCAUCCAGCGCCGGAAUAAUAUGGCAGCCAACAAUUCUUCAACGACUUUGACGGGUUCUUCUUCAGGUUCUUCAGGUCCUUCAGGUACUUCGGUGUCUGCAGCCACGGCGACGUCGUCGUCGUCGGCGUCAUCCGCCGCCAGUUCUGUUGUUGGCGUUGUCCAACAACAAGAACAACAUUCUCAUGCCUUACCAAUCUCAGUUCAACCGGUCAGUCAACCGGAAGCGCCUGUUUUGUUGAUGGACGUCCUAGAAGAGGAUCAAAGAGACUCGAUGGAAGCUCAGUCGCAGCAGCCGCUCAUUCCCAAAUUAGAGCCGGAAGGUUAUUUCGAAGGAUCACUAUUGGCUCUCAGCCCAGUCAGCCUUCACAGAGCCUUGGAGGGUGAUAUGGAUGCAUUACCUGAUGGCGAUCCGGCAAGUAACGAAGGCGGAGUCGCUUCCGGAUUGCAUAACUUGCACCACCAUCAUCACCACCACCACAGCAACAACCACCACGGUGAAAACUUUUUCUCGACGUCAUCGUCGUCCUCCUCUGCGCUGAGUGACGUCCCGUUGCUGGAUGAUUCCGUUUUCCACCAGGUUUCGGCAGCCGCAGCUUCCGCUCUGUUAUCCGACAUUAGCAGCCUGGACCUACAGUCGUACAUGGACACGGGCAACAGCGGCGGAAGUCACCACCACCACCAGCAACAGCACGGCCAGAACGGUGUGGGCCAGUACUCUGAUUUGUCGCAAUAUCUGGCCAGCAGCGCCGGAGAUCACGUCGUCAACGACUCGGUCGUUGUGGACUCUGGGAUUUACGGACACGAUCCGGUGGGCCCGAACGGCGGCUUCCAGCACCAACACGACGGCGGCUACGUGUCGUACCACCACCAGCACGAAACGAGCGUCGGAGUCGUUGCCGGAUUGGUGGGCGCCGGAUUCGGUUUCGAACCGUCGCCUUCGACUCCUCUGUCGUCGCUCUGCUCUCCGCAGCAUUACAUCCAGCACCAGUAUCAGCAACACGCCCACCAGCCGGAUUACACGCACAACAGCAACAGCGUCGACACUUGUUCCGGCGGAGGAGGAGGAUACCAAUCCAUGUUGAUGCAGGGCGUUGACGCGUCACCUUACACCCCGUCUCCGUCUCCGGUCAGUCCGUCGGUCUCUUCUCUUCCGCACUUGCAGCGCUUCCAGCCGCAGCAGCAGCAGCAGGACGCUGUGGGAUUCUAUUCCACUUCGAGUUUCUCGAGCGGAUCGGGCCACAACCAGAGCAAUUUCAUGAUCGACUGCGCCAACAGCGUCUUGUACAACAUGGAGACGAGCGGAGGCGGCGGAGGCGGAUGGGACCAUGCGGCCGAUUUGACCACCGUCGCCACGGACGCUCUGCCGCAGCUGAUGGAACAGGACCAGCCGCCGGAUCAGUUGGAUCACCAUCACCACCAUCAGCAGCCGCUUCCGCAGUCGUCUCCCGUUUUGCUCAAGCCCGUCAAAGUCAAGAAAAGUCGGCCGUCGAGAGCCAAAAAGGCCAACGACAACGAAGCGGGCGACGUCAAGCGGCGCAAAACGAUGGCCGGCAAGAAAUGUAACAAGCGCCAAGGUGACGAAAUGGACGACGUCUUGAUGCUGGGCAAAGGCAACGGCUGUCAAUUCGUCAGCGCCAUGAACUUGACGUCGUCGUCGUCGCCGGCCACCACCACCACCCGCCACAACCUCAUGUUGAAUCCUAAACGAAACGGGGCUGGACUUUAUUGGAAUCUAGUCAGGGACAAAUUGGUGAGUCCGCCACAAGUUCCGCUUCCCAGCUCUGUGGCGACGAGCUCAACGUCCCGUCAAAAGAGCCGCGUCCGCAUCGGCAAGGAUCACCAGUGCGCGGCGUUGCCGCGUUGCAAGAAAAAAGAGGCCAACAAGGAACGCGAAUCGGCCGUCCUUUGCUGGAGCGCCAGCAACGGACAACAGGUGACGGAGCAGCAGAUUGGCCGGCUGCUGGCCUGGUCUCGCUCUCCCGCUCUGCCUGGACCCAAGCGGACCGAGGAGGAGGUCCUGGCCGUCGUGACCCACUUUCACGGCGACAUCCAAGCCGCCAAAUUGCACUUGCUGACCCAACCGGCCAACGCCAGUCACAACGUCCUCAAUAACUGGACGCCGGAAGAGAUGGCCGUCUUUCACGCCGCUUUGCUCCAGCACGGCAAAGAUUUCCCCCAAGUUGCUCAACAUUUACCAUCGAAAACGGCCAGCCAGUGUAUCCAAUUCUAUUACCUCUGGAAGAAAAUCUGCCGGCCUCAGGAAUACGCCUCGAUUAAGCGAUCCAUCCCGUUCGGCGGACCUACUGCUGCCGCCCCCCAAUCUUGUAGCCCUAGUCUGAUGGACGAGACGAGUCUGUGCGACUGGCGUGACGUUGGAUGCAGCGAAAGUGAUCUGAUUAGUCUGACGCAAGCGUCCGCCGUCGUGUCGCAGGAUUGCUCGACAUCUUCUUCGCCCUCCUCUUCUUCGCUAUUGCUGCUCUCCCCCUGUGAGUUUGCCGACUGCCAUGCGAUUUCCAGUAAUGGAGCGACUCCGCGACGUUAUCAAGGCAACCAAGCCAAUCCGUCGCCUUCCGUCUCCCUUGCCGACAAGUUGUACCCGUGCUCAGUCUGUCACAAGGUGUUUGACAAAGUCAAGAGCCGGAGCGCCCAUAUGAAGACGCACAAAUCGGCCUCAACAGCGGCGGCAGCGGCGGCUGCAUUAGCCGCUAAUGCCGCCAAUUCUUCUUCUUCUUCCACGGCGGCCAAUGGACAAGACAGUUGCUCAGCAUCGCUUGUGGGCAAUAAAAACCGCAAGAGUCACCACCACCAUCACGUUCAUCAUCACAAAUCGCCAUCAAUGGCCGGGGGAGGAGGAACUCCGACCUCGCCCGUCUCCUCCUCCUGCUCGCUUCCGUCGCCCUUUCUGCCAUCGCAGAGUCUUUUUUGAAUCGUCUUGUGCGCUUGGAAACAACCAAGCCGCGGACCAAAACAGCAACCCCCCCAAAGAAGACGAAAAAUCAAAUCAAAUCGAUUGAUUCAAAUUUUUAUGUAAAUCACUCCCUCCUACCCCCCCUCAUAAAAGUCAGCUUCCCUUUUAAUCAGAAGCUCAAAAACUUUCAACCUUUUUUCCUCUUUCUCUCUCUCGUUCUUUUCUUCAUUUUAGGAUGUUUGUCGUCUUUAAAGUUAAACAUGUAAUGCUGUUACGAGAUAUGUGUCUUAAGUUUUUCACCAAGUUCCGCGACGAAACGGGCAGUGCCUUUUUCAGUUUCAAAGGGGUUGGACCCUCCCUCAACCACACCCACCCAAAUCUCUCCCUCGUCACACACAAAAGAAGAAGAAAAACCGAAAAAAUUGUCAUUUUCGUUUUUCUGAUAAUGUUUUAUCGUUGUUGUUAUAUCCCUCCUCCCUUCAUUUUUUUAUUUUUUGGUUUGGCUUUCGACAUUCAAUCUUAAAAUUAUUAUUCGGCGUGUGAUCCUUGUUCGAUUUAAGCAGAAAAAUUUACUCCCCAUACUUUUUUUUUAAAUGUUAUAUAAUAUAUAUAAUAUGCAGUCAAUAACUAUUUCACGCUAUAGAUCCCUUGCUGGUUGGGAGGCGAUUGUAGGCUAAGACACCUUUUGUUUUCUUAUUUUCCGCGUGCGUGUGUGAUUGUGUGUUUUAUUUCGCUUUGUUUUCUAUUUCAAAAGGGGCACACAGCGUUUCGCCUGUGCGUGUGCAAUCAAUAUCUUAUGUGCCCACUCUCUCACCUAUUCUCCGGCAAGGACAAAAACCCAAUAAUCGAUUCAGUGCUCAUCAGCAAAUCAGCCAUACAAUUUUGAUAGUUUUUGUUUGUUUUUUUCCAAAUAAUCAUUAACCCUCUACCGAUUUUUUAUUUUUAUUUUUUCAAUGAAAUCCUUCGUGUGUGAACGUGAAUGCCUCCACUCAAACCUUGGUAAUCUUUCGCAAACUUAUAUUUCUUACAUAUUAAAUAUCUGACUUAUAUAUUAUAUGCUAAAUGAAUUUUACAUUAGAAAUUGAAAGUAUGUUGCAGCAAUAGUGUGCCCCCCGACAACUUGGACAAGUUGUUGUUGUUCUUUCUCAACGCCAGUCACCACCACAGUCAAACAAAUAAGGAAGCAAAAAAGGAAUUUAACCGCCGCGUGCAAGACUGCAAGGCCAAUUGAUAUAUACAUAAGUACCCCUAUUGACAUUAUUUUAUUAUUAAUUAUAUAUCCCACAGUGUUUGUUUUUUAAAUCCCCGGUUAUUUCCCUCUCGAAUUGGAAGAUUCGAUAAUAAUAGCCUGGCCAUUGUAGGAUUGAUACCAGAAUUGAAAUUCGUUGAAAUUAUUUUAUAUUCUUGCAUUGAGGGGCGGCAUUUUGUUUGACGUGAAGUGUGUGGCGUGAGAAAAUCCCCUUGACGUCAAGAAAAAAAAACCAAACAGGAAAUUUUUAAGGAACACAAAUUAACAAAACAAUCGUAGGGACGAGCUGGAGGGAUUUUUUGAUCGAAGGAAUCAAAUUAAGAAAAGAUCCCCGUGACCAAUAAAUUCAAUAAUUAAAAAUUGCUUGUUUAUUAAAUAAUAAUAAUAAUAUAUUUUAUGUAACAAUUCUAUUUCAAUCCGAUUAUGAUUGGCACUCAACUAACUCUAAAUCGAAACAAAUUUUGACGCAUUUUGUUUUAUUUUUUUAGCCGUUUUCGUUGGUUUGAUUGUUGAUUUUUCUCACCAAUUUUUUUUUUAAACAAAUUUUUCUUACCUCGAUGGGCGGAUGAAGACUUUUUGUUCAAUUUGACGACAUUCGCACAAAUUAAACUUGUCAGCCUGUGGCCAUGAAAGAGAAGAAAACAAAACAAGCACGAAGAAAUAACAAUAAGAAUUAAUGCUAAUUAAUAAUACUAUGAGUAAUAAUUAUUGAUUAAGACAAAAAAAAAAGGAUCGUGAAAUAUUUCCGAUCCUUUUUUUUUCAAUUAUUAUAUCACCCGUUUGAAACACCUGAAUUGUUUGAUAUAUUUUAGGGAAAAAAUCUUUUUACUUUUUAUUUUUUUUAUUUCAGCGUGAGCGUGUGCGUGUUAGCCUCAAGUUCGUUUUUAUCACCCACACAUCAUAAACAAAAAUAUUAUUCACUAUUUUUCUCUCUCUCUCUCUCUCCCUUGCGUGUGAAUUAUUUUUUUUUCUUUACCGGACAGAGCUUAAGAGCGUGUGCCAUGUAGAUAGUGUACAGCAAAAAAAAAAAAAGAAAGUGGUGUGAAAUUUUUGCGAUUACUCUCCUAUAAUUACACCCAGACGCCACAUCAUGCAAGUUUGCAUUUAAUCACCGAAAACCUACCCACCCAAAAUAAUUAAUAAUUAAAAAAACAGCUGAUUAUUUCUAGUUGACAAAAUAUUUGUAUGCAAAAAGAAAAAAAAGCCCUUUUGUUUCAAAUUCACGUGUAAUCCAUUUUUUUUUUUUUGCUGAUUUCAAGAUUGUGUUUUACUAUUUUUUUCUUUUUCGCGGUUUGAUUUUAUUUAAGAAAAAAAAAAGAGUUUGCAAUUCCCACGUCUUUUUUUUUUUAAAUAUUAGGUAAUUUUCUUUGACUACACACACACAAACAUUGCCCUUCCCGCUAUACUGGCCUCCCUCUCUUUUUUCUCUUAUAUAUCAUUCUCCCGAAUUUUUUUUUGGAAUACAAAAAUAUCCAUCAGUGUGUGUGCGUGUGCGUGCCGUUGCCAUGACAGCGCCAGUUCUCCCCCCCCCCCCCUAUUUUAUUUUUUUGUCUUCAAUUCUUUAUACUCUCGUUGUUGCUGUUGAAUUAUAAUAUAACACGGUGUGUGAUUAGUUUAAUUCCAAAA